CAUCUGUCAACACCACAAAUCAAUUAGAUCUCUCUUCUCUCUCUUAAUAAGAAACACGAGAAAAGAUAGUUUUAGAAAAAUUAUUGGAAUAAUAGUCCAAAUUUAUGACCAUUUAGCUACAGCGGACCAUUCCACGGAGCAUCAUUUUCGUGGAGGGAAAAACAAAUCAGUAUAACCAAAAAUAAUUGUCAUCAUCCAAAUUAAAUUCCAAAUCGUCAUCUCAAACGUCAAUGCACCCAACAUUUUGUUAUCUCCGAGGUCUCCAUAUCAACAAUAUAAAUUAUUAGUCCCGUGCAUUAUAUCUUACUCUUAGCAGCCACUUAAUUGUCUCUAAAUAAACCAAAAUUUUUCCACAUCCAAAUUCCUUUCAAAUUCUUCUAAUUUAGUGAAAGAGAGAUUUUGAUUUUCUACUUUGCUAGAAAAUAAUGGAUCAAUCCCAUGUUCUUAUAGUUACAUUUCCAGCUCAAGGCCAUAUUAAUCCAGCCUUACAAUUUGCUCAAAGACUUAUAAAGAUGGGCAUCCGUGUCACUUUUGCAACUAGUGUUUUCGCCAUCAACCGCAUGACCAAAACUUCCGGCGCCAGUCCGAAAGGCCUGAAUUUCGCGCCGUUUUCAGACGGUUACGACGAUGGAUUCAGGCCGAAGACCAUAGAUGCUAAGGAGUACAUGUCCGGAGUCGCAAGACAAGGUUCAAACGCUCUUAGGGAUGCCAUACAGUCAAGUUCGGAGAACGGCUGCCCGGUAACGUGCCUCGUCUACACUUUGUUACUCCCUUGGGCUUCAACGGUGGCGCGUGAGUUUCACGUGCCAUCCGGGCUUCUUUGGAUUCAACCCGCCACCGUGUUAGGCAUAUAUUACUACUAUUUCCAUGGCUACGAAGAAGAAAUCAAGAAAGCUGACGUCAGUAAUCCAACAUGGUCGGUUCAGUUCCCGGGCCUUCCAUUACUCAAAGCUAAAGAACUUCCUUCUUUCAUCCUUCCUUCAAAUGACCCAAUUUACAGUUUUGCUCUUCCAACUUUCAAAGCACAAAUUGAAAUGCUGGAUAAUGAAGAAAAACCCAAUAUUCUUGUCAAUACAUUUGAAGCUUUGGAGCCAAAAGCCUUGAAAGCCAUUGAAAAAUACAAAAUGAUACCCAUUGGACCGUUAGCUCCAAUGGAUCCAAAUGAUACUUCAUUCGGAGGAGAUUUAUUCAAGAAAACAAAAGACUACAGAGAAUGGCUGGAUUCAAAAGAUCCAAAUUCUGUCAUUUACGUAUCAUUUGGUAGUUUACUUACACUGCCAAAGAAACAAAUGGAGGAAUUAGCAAGCGGGUUGUUGAAAACCGGGCGGCCGUUUUUGUGGGUGAUCCGGGCCAAAGAAGAAGGACAAGAAGAGAAAGAAGAAGACAAACUGAGUUGCAUGGAGGAAUUGGAAGAAAAAGGGAUGAUAGUUCCAUGGUGUUCACAGCUUGAGGUCCUAAAUCAUCAUUCUUUGGGAUGUUUCUUAACACAUUGCGGAUGGAAUUCGACGUUGGAAAGCAUCGUUUCCGGGGCUCCGGUUGUCGCAUUUCCUUACUGGACGGAUCAAGGUACGAAUGCGAAGCUGAUUGAAGAUGUUUGGAAGACCGGAAUUAGGGUUAGGCCAAGUGGUCAAGAUGAAGAAGAAGGCGGUGGAAGUAUAGUGAAAAGUGAUGAGAUUGUGAGAUGUAUAGAAAUGGUGAUGGAUGGAGGUGAGAAUGGGAUGACGUUGAGGAAGAAUGUGAAGAAGAUGAAAGAAUUGGGUAGGGAAGCUAUGGAAGAAGGUGGAUCUUCUGAGAAGAAUUUGAAAGCUUUCCUUGCAGAAGCUGGGAAAAUGAUGUAAAAAAAACUGAUUUAGAGGUUAAUUAAUUUAGUAGCUUAAUUAGUGUCAAAUUAGGUUUGGGAUAUGGUUAAUUUGAUCAUUGACAGUGUGUUAAAUACAAGGAAGUAGAGAGGAUUGCAGUGAUUGAUUUAGAGAAAUCCUAAGUUUUACUAUAUGAUUGCUGUUCAAUAUUUGAUUGGAAAGAUGUGUUUUACUCAUUAGAAGAGUAGACAUUCAUUUAUCCGUAAUUGAAAUCAACGUUUAUUUUAUAUGCUUUUCAUUUCAAAAUGAAUAUCAUUUCGUUAAUAUAUUGUUCCAAGAUAUAAAGAGACCAUAUUUAAGUUGGAUUAGUUCCAUCCAUUUUGAAAGAUAUGCUUACAUUUUCAAGC